CACAAAACUCAAAUUUUAUAUUAGAAUGAAAGCCACGUCAUCGAUCCGUGUAGUAAAUCGGCACAAAAAGACACUAUCAACGGUUAGAUUUGAAUCACCCACUCAUCCCACCUUUCGUCAUUUUACAUCUCUCUCCAACCUAACCUUUUUAUCCCCUCCUCCCACAAUUAAUUUCAACGAAAUUAAAAUACGAAAUAAUUAAAAUCCCAAAAAAUCAAAAAAUCUCAGCACCUUCCAUGGAUCCUUCUCUCUCUGCAUCCAACGAUCCUCGCCAUCCUCCUCCGUUCACCGCCUUCCCAAACCCCUUCUCCGUCACCCAACACCCCUUCUACAGCAGCCCCGUUAACUCCUCCCCCGUCGCGCCGCCGCCUAACAACAACAACAACAACAACAACCAGUUCUUUCAACCGCCGCCUCCUCAUUCAACAUGGGUUCACCCUCCUUACUCCGAAAUGAUUUGCUGUGCGAUUAGUGCGUUGAACGAAGCAGAGGGGUCAAGCAAGCAAGCGAUAUCGAGGUACAUCGAGAGAACUUACACAGGGAUACCUCCUGCUCACGGAGCUUUGAUGACUCACCAUCUCAAGUCUCUCAAGUCCAGUGGCGUUCUCGUCAUGGUCAAGAAAUCCUACAAAUUAGCACCUUCUCCUCAGACUUUCGUAGCUGCUGAGCCUCCCAGAUCUGACUUCCCAACCAACAAUUCAGCCAGCCAGAUGCCAGAUCUAUCUCCGACAUCUACUUCUCAGAAGCGUGGUCGUGGUCGUCCUCCCAAGGCCAAACCUGAUGUUGUUCAGACCAACGGAAACUCUAAGGAGUUAGCCGUUUCUCGACCUGAACAGAUACAGCCGUUACCGCCACCGCAACUUCAACUGCAGGCUCCGCAACUGCAACUGCAGGCUCAGCCGUUGGUUAAGAGACCACCGGGUCGUCCUAGGAAAGAUGGAGCUUCGCCGGCAGUGAAGGCUCCUGUUUCCGUCGGCGCGGAGAUUGCGAAACGAAGAGGUCGGCCACCGAGUGGAAGAGCUGCCGGGAGAGAGAGGAAGCCAGCUGUUGUCUCAGCUCCCGCGUCAGUGUUCCCUUUGGUUGCUAACGGUGGUGGAGGUGGUGGUGUCAGGCGCAGAGGAAGACCCAAGAGAGUUGACGCUGCUGCUGCCUUGCCACCUAAAGCAGAUGGUGGAGUAGGAUCACAGGUGGCAGCGAAGAGAGGAAGAGGACGGCCUCCUAAGAUCGGUGGUGUGGUGAGGAAGCCUAUGAAGCCCAAGAGAGGCUAUUUCCGUACUGGGAAACCUGUGGGAAGACCCCGAAAGAAUGCUGCGUCGAGACAACAAGAUAUUGGCUAUGGUGAACUCAAGAAGAAGUUUGAGUUGUUUCAAGAGAAAGCUAAGGAAAUUGUCAAUGUGUUGAAAGCUGAGGUUGGAGGAAUUGAAAAUCAAGCAGUUGUUCAAGCUAUACAUGCUCUGGAAGAGCUAACAGCUGCGACAACAGAGACAACAGAGGAGCCAUGGCACAUGGAAGAAGUGCAGCCAGAUGUACAACAACCUGGAAAUGAACAAGAACCUGAGGGACACGGACAAGGGCUGGCGCAGACAAUGCAAGAAGCGCUGUUCUAAAGAGAGAAGCCUUGACAAAACUAAUAAAAGCUAGCAAGUGGUGGUGAUGAUGAUGGUGGGCUUGCUUCUUGUGUUUUUCAUGAAUUGUUAAUCUUAUAAGGGUGUUUGCAGGAGAAAAGUUAAAAAAAAUGAUCAAAACGAUGGAUUGUGUCCUUACCAAACAACAAGGAGAGGUAGGGUAAUGUAUGUAUAAGUAAUUAGGAUAUUGCCAUUGUUCAUGUACAUCUCCCUCUCUACAUAAUCCAUAUCUCAGUAGGCAUUUGCUUUGUAUCCUAAUGUUUCUAAGACUCUUUUAUUUGUUUUUUUAGACCAUUUCCAGUGGUUUCUUCCAUUAUCUAAGUAGGCUUUUGCAUUGUACCCUCAUGUUUCUAAGACUAUGUUCUUUUUAUUUGGUAUCUUAUACCAUUUCCAAUCAUUU